GAAUGAAGGGAUGGACAUCUGGACAGCAGAGAAAAUAAUUAUUCUUGGUUUUCUGUUGAAAGGUGUUUGUUGUAGAGAUUUCAGCAUCAGUCUGCCACAGAACAUUCAAGCUCUCAGUGGAUCCUGUGUGAUCAUAAAGUGCAGAUUUGAGAUUGAGGAAAAACAUGACAAAAACCUCGUUCCUAAGAGAGCUGCUACAGGACUGUGGCUCAAAGAUGGAGAUAAGAUGAAGGACCAUCUAGUGUUUCACUCCACAGAUCCCAAACCUAAUCACUUUAAUGGGAAAAUAACUGGAAAACUACAUGAGAAGAACUGCACCACUGUCUUCUAUAAUGUUAGUUCAAAGCACACUGGUAGAUAUUACUUCAGGAUUGAAAGUGGUGAUUUGAAAUACAUCUACACUGUAAAUACCUCCACUAUAAAUGUGAUUGACUCUCCCCCCAAACCCACAGUGCAGCUGUAUGUGGAGCAGAAGGAGGUGUUGGAGGGGAGCUCUGUGAGUCUGCGCUGCUCUGCUGAGACUCUCUGCUCCUCUCCUCCACCAACUCUCACAUGGAGCUCCACUCCCAGAAUCCCCCUCAGUGAGAGCAGCAGACUAGAGGAGCUCAUCUCUGAUCUGAACUUCACUGCUACUCACCGUCAGCACAGAGUCACUUUCACCUGCACUAUAACCUACCAGCUACAGGACGAGAACAAAACAGCACAGGACAGCAUCACAUUACAUGUUCAGUAUGCCCCUAAAAUCUCUCCAUCCUCCAGCUGUACCAGAACUGAUGUAACUGUGUGUUUCUGUGAGGCUGAUGGGAAUCCCUCUCCUGAACUGGAGUGGUAUCUGUCUGGACGUCCUGUCACUAACUCUUCAAACACGUUCAUCAGUGAAGAGCGAUUGAGCAGCACAGGCUUGAGGAGCUCCAUCACUCUUCAUCAGUCUCUCACACACACAUCCAUUCUGCAGUGUGUCAGCAACAACACUCAUGGCAAUGCAAGUCAACAGUUUCAACUGCCUCUCUCUGGUUUGCAGUAUGCAGAUUGUCAGCAGGCUACAGUUUCACUCUUGAUCAUAUUAACCCUGAUUCUGGUUCUCUUCGCUCUGACUGUUGGACUUGCACUUUACAAAAUUAGACAAUUGUCCAGCAAGCUGAAGGCUCAGAAUGAAGCAGCAGGCACAUAUGCGUCUCUUCAGCUCUCUGCUCCACCCUCUGAAUAUGAGACUUUGAACAUUAAGAGAGGUAUCAUCUUUGGCACAUAUUUGUGCAAAAACUUUUGCAUCUUCUUCCUUGAAAGCAAAGGUUGA